AUGAGCGGUGAGGAGGCAGUGGGGCCGUCAGGGGCUCCAUCAGCUUUAGAGCAGCGAUAUGCUGCAAGUCUCGCCCACUCUAACGGCUUGACACUGGACUUGUCCUCUCUCCAACUGACAGAAAUGCCACCUCUCGAGGAGCUGAGUGAUCGAUUCCCACGACUUCGUCAGCUCAACAUUCGUCGGAACUUUUUGCGCUUGCUACCGGAUGGUUUGGCUCGAGCAUUCUCACAGCUGGAGUCCUUAAAUGCAAGUGAGAAUGCACUAGAAGAGCUGUCAGCAGCUUCGAUCGGCGCUCUACGUAAUCUCCAGCGUCUCAACGUUGCUCACAACCGUCUACGCGAGCUCCCAAUAUCAGCGUUUGAAAGACUCGAAGCACUCGAGGAACUGGACGCGCGAGGGAAUCUCAUCGAGACGAUCAACUUUGACAAUGACAAGCUGCCGGUCGGAGAUGGACUGUACAAGCUGCAAGUGCUGCUUCUAGCGGACAAUCGACUCCAGUCAAUUGACCCGACAACGACCGAUGUCCUGCCCAAGCUGCGUGUCAUCGAUCUAAGUGGGAAUCCAGAGCUUUUGGAUGCUCCGGAGAAACUUCGACGUCUACACGAACGGAAUCUGCUACUUCAUUCGCGUGCUAAGCGUCGUGAACUGAUCGCACGAGCGCUGAGCAUCCGGAAGGCUGUGGCCCAAGCUCUCGCUACAGCUCCUACUGCCUCGCCAAAGCGAACCAAAUUUAUUUAA